CUGGAAUGCGCGCCGGCCCUUACCAACCAACCGGUUGCGAUAGACCCGAUCCGAGAGCGACACGUAACGAGGCCGCGACGUUGCCGCUCUGUGCAAGCCGCGCAGUCGCGUCACGUCGGCGCUGCGAUACCGACACGAUGCCAUUACCAUUCAACAAGAACUUAGAUUUAAAACUAUUAAAAUUAGUAAAAGAAAAUCCAAUUCUAUACAAUACUAAACAUUCGAAAUAUUUAGAUUUUGAUUCAAGAGAAGUUGUUUGGCAGAAAAUUGGAGACUCAUUGAACAGGCCAGCCCUCGUCUGCAAGUCAAGAUGGAUCAACAUAAGAGACAUGAUGAGGAGGAAGGUCAGGGAUCGACUGCGGAACCCCAACGCACACAGCUACAAAUACAAAUACGAAGACGAGAUCUCUUUCAUGUUGCCAUACUUCAGAGAAUCCUCCUCAACGACCACAUCAGCUGAGGAGUAUCCAGAAUUUCUCGAUGAACCCUGUGAAGUGGAAAUGCCAUCCGAAGUCUUCGUCGACGAGACCUUAGACUUCGAAGAACCGCGAGAAACGAAACCUGUAUUCAGAAAAAGACAGACUGAUGAAGCUUCAGCGAAUUCUUCAAGAGACUUCUCAGAACAAAUGUUCCAAGAGCUGAACCCUGCAGAUCCUUUAGACGUGUUCCUCUUGACGAUAGGCUCGACCCUGAGGAAGUUCAGCCCUUAUUACCUGAACCAGGCGAAGAGUAAGAUCUUCCAGGUCGUCCAGGAUUAUGAACUGCAGCAGAUCGUUAAUAAGGAUGAUCAGACACCGGGUAGCAGCAGUAAUAGAUAG